AUGGCAAGUAAAGCUUAUCUUCUUGGAUCACUUACUCUACUAGAUGACUGGUUAAAACGAGAUCGAUUUGUCUUUAUUGGUUGGUCAGGUCUACUCUUAUUUCCUACAGCUUACUUAGCAGCAGGUGGAUGGUUUACAGCCACUACUUUUGUAACAUCUUUCUUUACCCAUGGUCUGGCCACCUCUUAUCUAGAAGCUUGUAAUUUCUUAACAGCUGCAGCUUCAACUCCAGCCAACUCUAUGGCACAUUCAUUACUACUACUCUGGGGACCAGAAGCACAUCUUGGAUUUACAGCAUGGCUUUGUAUAGGAGGUUUAUGGACAUUUAUUGCUUUUCAUGGGCUCAUUGGUCUCAUAGCAUUCUCCCUACGUCAGUUUGAAAUAGCACGAUUAGUUUUAAUUAGACCCUAUAAUGCACUUGCAUUCUCAGGACCAAUAGCAGUUUAUACAUCUGUUUUCCUAAUUUAUGCAAUUGGGCAAUCUAGUUGGUUCUUUGCACCAAGCUUUGGCAUUGCAGCUAUAUUUAGAUUCCUAUUAUUCCUUCAAGGUUUUCAUAAUUGGACAUUAAAUCCUUUUCAUAUGAUGGGUGUUGCUGGAAUAUUAGGAGGAGCUCUACUAUCAGCUAUCCAUGGUGCUACUGUCAUUAACACUCUUUAUCAAGAUGCUCGUGCAUAUACUACUUUUCGUGCUUUCUCACCAAGUCAGCCAGAAGAAACUUAUUCAAUGCUUACAGCUAAUCGUUUCUGGUCUCAAAUAUUUGGUGUAGCUUUCUCAAAUAAGAGAUGGCUUCAUUUCUUCAUGCUAUUUGUACCUCUAGGAGGUAUGUGGACAUCUUCAAUUGGUAUCAUUGGAUUAGCAUUUAAUUUAAGAGCUUAUGAUUUUAUUUCUCAAGAAUUGAAAGCAGCAGAAGAUCCUGAAUUUGAAACAUUCUAUACAAAGAACAUUCUACUCAAUGAAGGUAUACGACUUUGGAUGGCUGUACAAGAUCAAGCUCAUGAAAAUUAUCAGUUUCCAGAAGAGGUCUUGCCAAGAGGUAAUUCGUUGUAA